CCCGAGUCCUCCUUGGCUCGACGUCUAUCCUUGACUAUUCUGGGCUACUACGCUGGACGUUCAUUCUUUUCUUCUUUCCUUUAUUUGCUUAUUCCAACUGCUUGGUCAGUCUUUUUGGUCCUUACAAGCUUUUUAGUAACAAUGUCAGCUCCGCUGCGGGUCAGCCCUCUCUUCAGUUCCCGCGUCGACCCGGAAAGACGUCGGCACUCGCACCCCUUCAGCCCGCUACACAGCCAUCCACCACGCACUCAGAACACGCCUGAGGACCCCUUUCAAGGCGAGACGGCCGUCUCGUCCAGCCAGUCGUCGUUGGCAGAAAUCGAGACACCCUCGGGCCGGCCAUCCGCCGAGUACGCCUCAGGUCGAUCGUCCACCGAGUGCGGCGACAGCCACCCCGAAGACCUCGAAAAGAGCCUGCCCAUCCACACCAUCCCCUCGGUCAGGCUGCAGAUCCUGCGGAGCGGACGAUGCCACCAUGGCGAUCAGCAAGACAAAAACCACUCAGGGCGGUGCAUCCAAGUGAAGUCGGCCUCCGAUGAACCACCCUCUUCACCGACUCGCCCACAUCUCGGCAUCCGAGAGCGCCUCGCCCACUUCACCUGGGCGUGGUACACGGUGACCAUGUCGACGGGCGGCCUCUCGCUGCUCAUCCACGCGCAGCCGCACCAGUUCCCUGGCCUGCGCCACAUCGGCCUGGCCGUCUACGUCGUCAACCUCGUCCUGUUCGUGCUGAUCACGGCCGCCAUGACCGCACGCUUCGUCGUGUUUCCCGGAACAUUCCUGCGGUCGGUCACGCACCCGCGCGAGGGCUUCUUCGUCCCGACUUUCUUCUUGUCCAUGGCCGCCAUUAUCACGUCGACGCAGCGGUAUUGUGUGCCUCCGGAUCCCGAGGUGGCGCAGGCGACGGCGGGUGGGUUGCUGUGGGCUAUCCAGGUCGCCUUUUGGGUGUACGUUGUCGUGACGACAGGCGUGGCUGUCGGGCAGUACUCGUACGUCUUUGCCGCGCACAGCUUUGGGCUUCAGACCAUGAUGCCUACGUGGAUCCUGCCCGUUUUCCCCAUCAUGCUCUCGGGCACCAUCGCAUCCGUCAUUUCUGAGUCACAGCCGGCCGCGGCCAGGGUGUGCAUCAUCGUGGCGGGUUUGACGUGCCAGGGGCUGGGUAUUGCUGUCGCCUUCAUGAUGUACGCGCACAUGGUCGGCCGGCUGAUGCAGUCGGGGCUGCCGAAUCGUGAGCACCGCACGGGCUUGUUCAUGUGUGUUGGUCCGCCGGCGUUCACGGCGUUGGCGUUUAUCGGGAUGGCUCGCGGCCUGCCCGAGAACUUUGACCACGACAUGGACGGGCUGGUCGAUGCGGCCUACAUCGGGACCAUGAGCCUGGUAGGCGCGGGAUUCUUGUGGGCGCUGAGCUUCUGGUGGUUUGGCAUUGCCGUCUUGGCUGUUGUGCAGAGCCCGCCGAAGUACUUCCACCUGGGCUGGUGGGCUGCUGUCUUUCCCAACACGGGUUUUACGCUGGCCACCAUCUCGCUCGGCACUGCUUUCCGCAACGAGGGCAUCCUGUGGUUUGCCACGGCCAUGUCGGUCCUGUUGCUGCUCACGUACCUGUUUGUGCUGUACCACCAUGUGCGCGCCGUCAUCGUGCAGGAAAUCAUGUAUCCGGGGCGGGAUGAAGAUGUCGAGGAUCAUUAAACUGGAAGGGCAG